GUCGGGAAGUGUUAACAUCAUAAAAUUGAGAUCUAUAAGUUGCCAAACAGACCAAGAUCAAGAGCGUGGCGAGGCCGGAAACGAUGAUGCAUUCCACAACAUAAAAGUAGAUCUAGAAAAUCUUCCUAUAGACGACACAAGUAAAGAGUCGUCUGAAUUCCACGUUGAUGAUAGCAUUUCAAAAACCGAAUACAGAAAUGUUUUGUUUCAUAAAAUCCUUUCCAAAUCAAAUCUGGAGAAAACGCCGAAACUGUUUGAACCAAUUGACCCACCAACAUUGUCUGCAGACGAAAAUGAAGGACUUACAGAAGACAAUACCGUGACGUCAUCGAGUGAAGAAGACGAUUCGGAACAAGAACUCGCAAUAGCUCCUCUAUUUGGAAAUUUGCGCAUCAUAGACGCAAACGACGAUGUCGUAAAUAAUCGUCCGAGAUUUAGUCGAUUUCACGCAACUUCCGUUUCCAGUGUACUUGCUCUCCUUUUUGCCGAAAUAAAUGUAAUUUACCACGGAAUAAGAAGUUCAAGAAGCCGUACUGUGCUGACAAUUUUCUGGUUUUUGUAUGGUGGACUUAUCGUAUACAUCUCAAGAUCCUUUCUACCCUGGAUGACAUUUUAUACUUUAAUUUACUUUAUUAUCAUUUACGCUGAAAUGUCCCCGGCGCCGUUGUUUAGAUAAAAACACCGGCCAUCUUUUCGUAUAUAAUUAAAUGUAUUAAAUGCAUAUAAUAUGCGCUCUUUGUUCAUAUGAUUAUUAUUAGUCUAUUAAAUAUCGUCCAGGA